UCCACCUCUUUGGCGCCUCCAGCCAGGAGGCGGGAGUGACUGGGAACAGCUGACCCAGACCCGUCCCUGCCUCUGCCACAGCCCUGCGGAGCCACCAUGGGCACAGAGGCAAGUUCGCAGCGCGGCAGCGACGACGCGGGCGGCGGCCCGGGCGACUCUCAGCUGCCUCCCUGAUCGCCGCGACCACAGCCCAACAACCCGAGACACCGCUGCCCUCGGUGACAGGAGCAUCUAGCCGCCCCCAAGCGAGCCUCGCCACCGACUCAAGAUACGUCAACAGCGAUGGCGGGAGAGGGGCGGAGGGCAGAGCCCGUGGGGGAAGGAUGGGGUGUGCACGUCACGCCCAGAGCCCCCAUUCGCGAGGGGAGGCGCCGGCUCUCUCCGCAAGAUGGCGGCGGCGGCGACGCGCGUGCGCACGGCGCUCCUUCGUCGCCGCGCCAGGGCCGACGGGAAGUGAGGUUCUCCGAAGCGCCGCCCGAAGUGUACGGCGACUUCAUGCCCCGGCUAACCAAGGAAAAGUCCCCGGUGAGAAGACAAACCCCGCCAGAAGUGUUCCGGCCCGACGCCGAGAACGAGGAAGUGAUAGGAAGCGCCUAUAACCAGGAUGAUCCAUUUCCCCAAUCUGUCUCAAGCCAACCAGUCUCAAAGAAAACUGUCAGAACAGAAGAAAUUCCAGUGGAGAGUGAAGACCUUCCAAGGAGCCUGCAUAGACCCCCUCUCAGAAACUCAAGAUCUGAUUCAUCAUACAACACAAAUGGAAAUUCUAAAAUGAGUGAAUUAGAAACCACUAAAGUUGUCCAACCGGAGGUCAAUUUCUCUGAAGAAGGAGAAACUGAAGAAGAGGAACCAGGCAGAUCCGUAGAGUCAGCUGAGUCUGGAGAUCAAAACAUCAGAUCAACUAGCCACUAUCCAGAAUCACCUUGGCAGUCAUCACAAACCUUGGAUUUCACAACAGCUCAUGAUAAGCAACCUGGAGUGCAGAGUUCAGGAUAUCAAAAAAACCUGCAAGAAUGGGUCGAACAAACCCCAAGAAUAAGGAAUAGGAUACAAACAUCUUCCCCAGGCAAGCAUUCAAUGUAUGGCAGUGUUUCAGAUGAUGACAACAUUCAGAAAUCAGCAUUUGGAAACCAAUCUCCAUCAACUUCCAGCCAACAAGGGUCUGAACAACCCAAAACAGCAAGCUUUUUCCAGAUAAAGUGGUUGCUACCACUAUUACUCGUGGGGAUUUCAGUGGUUGCGAUCUUUUAUUUCACCCCUCUUCCUGAGGUAGAAACCACUGCUGUUAAACAAUUCCAGAACCAGAUGGAACAACUUAGAAAUAAGUACCAAGGUCAAGAUGAGAAGCUGUGGAAAAGGAGCCUCACAUUCCUGGAAAAGCACCUUAACAGCUCCCAGCCUCAGCCUCAGCCGGCCAUCUUGCUGCUCACUGCUGCUCGAGAUGCUGAGGAAGCACUGAAGUGUCUGAGUGAACAAAUUGCUGAUGCCUAUUCUUCCUUCCGUAGUGUCCGUGCUAUCCGGAUUAAUGGAGCAGACAAAGCUGCUCAGGAUAGUGAUACUGUCAAGGAAGAGGUAGACCAGGAACUGAGCAAUGGGUUCAGAAAUGGCCAGAAUGCAGCUGUAGUACACCACUUUGAAUUACUGCCAGCCGGCUCUACUUUGAUCUUCUACAAGUAUUGUGACCAUGAAAAUGCAGCCUUCAAAGAUGUAGCCUUAGUCUUGACCGUCUUGUUGGAGGAGGAGACGCUUGAAACCAGCCUAGGCCUAAAGGAAAUUGAAGAAAAAGUGCGGGAUUUCCUCAGAGUCAAGUUCAUCACGUCUGACGCGUCCAGCUCCUACAAUCAUAUGAAUGCAGACAAAUUGAGUGGACUCUGGAGCCGGAUUUCUCACUUGGUCCUGCCUGUACAACCCGAAAAUGCCUUGGAAAGGGGCAUUUGUUUAUAAGUGAGAGAAGAUAAAAUCAUGUCAUUCGUUCUGAGAAUGUUUGUCUUUCUAACCAGAGACAGGAUUCAGAGCUCUUUUUGAAAGAACUAGUUUCUUUUUAAAGAGAGUUAGGUCCUUGGGUAAACAUGAAAGGUCAUUUUUUCAACUUAAUUAUCUGUCACUUCAAAGAAUCAUUUCUCUACUUCAACUGAGAGCUAUAUUAAGGGUAUUCUCCCCUCAGAGACUCUAGAUUAUUGAUAGGGCAUGACCAGCAGGAGGGGUUAAGAUUUCCUGUGAUGCUUCCAAAUUUUUAUUUGGGUUUUCAGAAAGUUUAUUGCGUUACUAGUAAGGCACUUCUUAGAUGCAGCUGCGGGUUUUCCUAGCUUGUUCUUUUUUGCAGCACUUAGGUCUGCGUUCCUUAGUACACACUGUAUAGGAACAAAGACCAAGAAAGGUCAUCUAGGUGUUUGUGGGGUUUUUUCUUUGUAUUUGGAGGUGGGGCAGGAGGAGGCAAGGGGAAAGAGAAAUUGUGGGGGGUAAGGGGGGAAAGGUCUUUGAAAUGUUACAGUAAGCCACUGAGACUUUGAUUAGUCAAAAUCUUUUGAGUAUAACGGCUCUGUUCUCUCGUGAGUUAUGGUGGGACUUGUUUCUUAUGUGUCUUCCACCACCACCCUCUUCAAUCAAUUCUUGGUUUACCCAAGGAUUUUUGAAGCAUGUAUCUAUGUAUAUAUAUAUAUACCAUGAAGUUUAGUAUAUUUACCCACCUGACUCAUAAGGGUGUGUAAAUGUCCUAAAGGUUUUAAAUAAGAGAAUAUAAUUUCAGGAAUUGAUAAAUCUUUUGUUAGCUGGCUUUCUAAGCUGUUGAAGAAGGAUUUAAUUUUUUACAUGUCUACUGUUGCACUGUAAGUCCUUUAAUAUGCUCUAGAGUCAAUAGGAAGGUUUAUUAUGCACAUGAUAAAUUUCAUUGAGUGCCUCAAGCCAAAAAGAAAGUGAACUUUCCCACAUAUGAAGAAUGUUAAAAUAUAUUUCUGUACUAGUAUAAUAUUUCAAUCAUAACUUUGCAUCUAUAACUGAGCUUUCUGAUCUGUCAACUCCUCUGGCUUUCUUAGAAUCUUAUGAUUCUAGAUGACAUAUUUUUUCUUUCAUUUUUUUAUCCAUAAGCUCUUAAAUGAACAUAAUUGUUUUUAAAGCAUAGAGCUAGUCAUUGCCUUCAUUAUUUACCUCUCAGCAGUCCACCACCUAUACAUAGAGAUUGGUCCAGUGUCUUUCACUACAACUACCAGUAUUCAUACAUUUUGACCCCUUACUCUAAAUUGUUUCUGUCAACAGAUCAUCUGAUUUACUUACAGAAGAUUCUAAAACAGGAGUUUUUUAAAAGCUUAAUUUGUACGAACAAUAUAUUGAGAAGUAAAAGUUUUUAUUAAAUGUUUCACUAACCAAAAUAAUUUUAAAGUGACAAUAAUUAUCUUUCAGGAAAAAUAAAUUUUACGCACCGAUCUGUUAAUGACUUAGAAGCUAUUUUAGUGAUUUAAAUAAAUUAUGCUUCUUUUGGUUUUUA